GACCCCAUUUCUCAGCGUUCGCUCAAAUCUCAAAGAGACCAACACCAGACAAACCAUAAACACGAAACCCGUCCCCCCUCCCCCUUUUUCAAAACAAACAAACUUGAAAGAUGGAUUCGGCAUUACCAGCUGAGAGCGGCGCUGCUGCUGCUGCUGCGUUGGCUGAGCAACGACCAGAGCAAGCGAACGAUGACGCUCAGCCAAUGGACACUUCCACGACCGCCACAUCAUCCGCAACACCAGCAUCGACAUCAGCAUCAUCGUCGUCGUCAUCGUCGGCAUCGUCGUCAUCUUCAGAAGUAGCAGCAGCACGGCGAGAACGCGAGGAUGAGGACGGAUCUGCAGACGAGACCGCUGCCGGUACUACUGCUGCCACAACUACCACUGCUGCCACGACUGCCACUGCGGCCACUGCGGCCACUGCAGGAUCCGGAGGAGCACCAGGAUCAACGGCCGGAGCAGCAGGAGCACCAGCGGGGUCGUCGGGCGGCGAGCGGAGUGGCCGCAGCAGCAGCACUGGCACAAACGGCCCCAAUGCAAAGUCCAUGGACCCUGCAGUGAGCCGAGUGAACAAGGAGAAGGGUCGCAUCAACCGCCGCGCUGUCAUGAACAGAUUGCAGGGAUCGCUCAGAGAGACAAACUCAACCAAGCAAAAGCUCCAGAAUAUGCUCGCCUUCCUAUCGUACAUGAUGGAAGACCUCGAGGCAAUGCAAACUCAGACUGUUUCGAGCUCUGUCGGAUCGGCCAAGACCUGGGAAGGACUGCGAGAUGACAUUCGCUCACUCUUUGUGAAGGCCGAAAAGACUCAGGAAAGCGUGCAACAAGAAGCAGAACGCGUUACUGCUCGUCUAAGCGCACUUCGAAACUCGAGUCUCAAGGACAAGUAGUACAGUCGUCGUCGUCGUCGUCGUCGUGGUAGUAGUGGUUGGUGUUGUUGUCACAAGAAGCAAGAACGCGUGACUGCUCGUUUCAGCAAACUUUGAAAACUCGCGUGUCAAGGGCAAAGCAAGAUGCGGCACAGUCGCCGUUGUUGCAGUUGCAGUUGUCAACGCGCCAAAGCUUUGUGUGGGGUUUUGUAACCCCUGUGUGUAAUCAUUCUCGGCAUCUUUCAUGCUGUUAUACGUGCUUAUUUCAUUGCUGUCAAUGUCAAUCUAAUCAAAACAACAACAAACAACAAACAACAGCGACUGCCUUCCGUUUGUCGCGUUCACUGCGGUUGCGUUGGUCUU